CUGUAUUGACCAAUAAAAAGUUGUUUUGAUCUCAGUUUCUUAACGCAAAAUCUUAAAUUUUUAGUCUGCUAAUCUGCUUUUCAAAUUUGUGUCGUCUCUUAAAGCUUUCUGGAAGUGCAUUUAUUUUAACAAUAAACUGUGAAGUAAUUGAGUAAAGAAUUGCAAAAUAAUAUUUAUAAAGUUAGUUCUUAUUUAGGCUAUACAAUAUUGCAACGUCUUUGUCUUUGUUACUAGAUUGUAAUCAAACUAGGUAUCUGGUCAUUGUUUUCUCUUCAUCCGGGUUUUGUUUGACUAUUCUUUUGAGAGAUGGACGGCAGUAGCUCAGAGGAAGAUGAUGCCAACUGGGUGUUCUACAGAGAUCGUGCCGAAUGGGCAGAUCUGCAACCCCUUCCCCAGGACGAUGGGCCACAUCCUGUUGUGGCAAUUGCCUAUUCUGAUAAAUUCCGGGAUGUUUAUGAUUACUUUCGAGGGGUGUUGAAAGUUCACGAACUAUCAGAACGGGCCCUGGACUUGACCCGAGACGCUGUUGAAUUGAAUGCUGGAAACUAUACAGUCUGGCAAUACAGGCGAGAGAUUCUGAAGCAUUUGAAUAAAGAUUUGAAAGAGGAAAUGGCAUUUGUUGAGGGUGUCAUAUCAGAUUUCCCCAAAAACUACCAAGUGUGGCACCAUCGUCAAGUUCUUGUAAGUUGGUUGAAUGAUGGAUCUGAGGAGUUGAGUCUGACUGCCAAGAUGCUAGCUAUGGAUGCCAAGAAUUACCACGCAUGGCAACAUCGUCAAUGGGUCAUCAGGACGUUCAAGUAAGACAUUGCUCUGGCA